AUGAAGUAUUCGAGUUCCAACCUGUCAUUUGUGUCCUGUCUCGUUCUUUCAGCAAAGGUUGCUCUCGUAUCAUUUGCCAUGAAAGUAUGGUUCACUUCAGCUUCUUCGUUUCAGUGUUUUCUUCAAAGGAUUCUACUCGAUUCUUCAUCGGAAGAAGGAAUUGAAUCAUCGAACCGAUGUUUUGGAUUGUGUAUUGAGAAUAAGGGUCCUGGGCAUCUUGGAAAAUCUUUUCAUCGGAAGAGAUUUACGCUUUUUAGGAGAAGAGAGUUCUUUGGAGGGAAGAGUGGAGUUGGUUUAAGGGAUUGUCUAGAGAUUGUUGGAAAUAUCUUUGAUGGCCUUACAUACCUGGAAUUCAUGCCUCCAAUCUCCUUUUCUAUGGACAAUUCUAUUCUAUCCAUUUUUCUUUCAAUUUUUUGUAGAUUUGCUCGUCUCGGACUAGGGAAUUCUUCUUCGAAGACAACAUCAUACAACUUUGGGUUUGUAUUGGUUGGGGUGCUUUUGACAUUUUCUCUUGGUAGUAGUGCUCAUAGUUUUCUUUCAAGGCCUUCAAGAUUUUCUCGUAUAUUGGCGGUGGUUGGCGAGAAAUCACCAUUCUUGGUUUAUCGGGAUCGGGAGGAGGACUAUGGAAAUCUUCAUCAUCAUCAUCAUCAUCUGCUCAUCGUCAUCGUCAUCAUCAUCAUCAUCAUCAUGUUAUCGGAUAUUUCUGUGCAAGGGCAUCCUGGAUCACACGACUUUGGAAUAGUAAGGUUUAUUUUAGAGGAGUGGCUUAUUGACGGACGAGGGGUAUCAAGGCUGGAUGCCCUUGCACGUAAAUAUCCGAUAACAGAUGAUGAUGAUGAUGAUGACGAUGACGAUGAAGCAGAUGAUGAUGAUGAUGAUGAAGAUUUCCAUAGUCCUCCUCCCGAUCCCGAUAAACCAAGAAUGGUGAUUUCUCGCCAACCACCGCCAAUAUACGAGAAAAUCUUGAAGGCCUUGAAAGAAAACUAUGAGCACUACUACCAAGAGAAAAUGUCAAAAGCACCCCAACCAAUACAAACCCAAAGUUGUAUGAUGUUGUCUUCGAAGAAGAAUUCCCUAGUCCGAGACGAGCAAAUCCUCAAGAAGAAACCGUAA